UUACGGAUUUAUUGUUUCUGUAUGCAGCAUCUAAUUUUUAAUGAUAUGAUAUGAAUAUUUCAAUUCGUGAAUGCCCCUCAAUCUUAUUACAUGAUAUGACUGACACCCCUAAGUAAAUUAAUAUUUUGAUAAUUUGAGACUGAAAUAGUUUUCAUUUUGAUUCAACAUGAUUGAUCGUUUGCUGUGGGUUGUUGGCCCUUGGUCAGCAAAAUUACUGGUUAGAGGAGCGCCAUUUUAUUAACCUUUUAGUUUUUAGGUGGGGGUAUGUGAAUUUGUUGUUAAAUAUGUGUUUCAUUAAGAUCAUAUGAGGAUUAUCUUUACGAAAUAUUCCAGAGAUGAAUACAAGAUACUUGGAAUAAACGAAAUUCGGCAUGGAAAAUGGUUCAAACGGCCCCCUGUCAGAAGUUGAGGUGUCGGAACACACAAAUAAUGGAGUAGGGUCCUUCAUAAUGUUAAAAGAUCCAGAUGUGAAUGUUACUGUUUCAGAAGACAAAACAAACCACACAGAAAGGAAUAAAGUAAACGGUGAUAAUAUUACACAGAGUUAUAACAGUGAAGAAAAUUCUUAUAGUUCAGAAAGUGAUGCUUUAGUAAUAGAUGAAAGUAUCCCAAAAAAGCAGAAAAAGUCUGAGAAGAAAACAAACGUGAAGUCAAAAGUUAACAGCGAAGAGGAAAACUUGAAUUUCACCUCAGAAAUUCUCACACAUUCUAACCCCUAUUUCAACGAAUCUCUCUUUGAAUUAUCUCAGUUGCAUAAUAAUUCUCAUGAAGAACAAUCUUUCAAUGAAGGCUCCAAUAUUGAAGGUAAAUUAGAAAAAAGUUGUUCGAAACAUAGACAAAAAAAGGGUAAAUGUAAGCCAAAACCAAAAUUGGAAUAUGCGCAAUAUCUCGGUUUACAACCUACAUUGAAAUUUAAGUGUUCAAAGUGUGGUAGAGCCAUUUUUGAGUCUCUAUCAAGUCUCCAGGAACAUGUUUUACAGUGCAAUGAGGAGAAUGUGCAAGAAAUAACGGAGAAUUCAUGUUCAGGAUUCAAGUUAACUCGAAAAGUAUUCUUGUGCGCUACCUGUGGAACAUAUUACGAAAAUUGGAACUUGUAUAUGCACAUGCUAGAGUUUCAUAGACGUUAUAUAUGUUUAUAUUGUUUAGGAAUGUUCUCAGUGUUAGAAGACUUAUGCCAACAUAUUCAGUCUAGGCAUAAUAUUGAACCAGGUCAUAAAAAUACCCUUGAUGAAUUUUUUAAUGUUUACAAUGAACCUUGCUAUGUAGUUUGCUGUGAAUGUAACAAACUCUUCAGUGAACAGGACAAUUUUUUCUAUCAUAAUUGUAGUAAUAGGAACAAAUUUAAAAAAUUCAUUAAGCAACAAAUUACACCAGAGAAUCAUGUAACUGGUGAGUCAGAAUCUGUGGCUGAAAUCAACAAAAACGAUAGUGCUGAAAAUAUUGUUAAGAGCUCUAAAAGUAAUGAAGAUACUAUUAUGGAUAAUGAAGAUAUAGUAGAGAAUAGCAAAGAUCAUAAUCAGGAGGAAAAUGUUGGAGUAAUUGAUGAUAUUGCUAUGGAUACUAGGGAAAGUUUAACUCAGUUGGCCUGUGAAGAGAAAAGCAGUAAUGCGGUCUGUCAUGAAUUUACAGUUGAUGAGAAAAAUAGUCAAGAUUUUGAAAAAUCUAGAGAAGUAAAUGACAAUUCUGAAAACUAUUGUGGGAGUGACAUAGACAAAGAAUCUGAAGAUAUUCAAAGAGUAACAAUGACUAAUGAAAACCCACCAGAAUAUGAAAAUACCCUUGGAGUAAGUAGAUCUAACAUAACUGAUGAAAAUUUCGAAGAGCUUAAUGCUAUGGAUAAUGCCAAUGAUGAGAUGGAACCAGAGACUCAAAACAGUGGUAAUGAAGAAUUGUUGGAGAAGUUUACAGUAGCCACAGAUGAUGAAAUUGAUGAUGAAAUGGUCAAUCAGAUGGAAGGUUUAGAAACUCGUAAAGUACCAAAAUUAUCACUUAAAUUACCUAAACGAGGGUCAUAUGUUGAGCCAGACCCAGAAGACAGUGAUGAUAGUGAAAAACUUAUGAUGGAAGUAGACCAAAUAGAAAGUGAGAAUGAGAAUGAAAUCGAUGACAAAAGUCAACAAAUUGAGAAACAAGAAUUUGAUGAAGAGGACAAAGAAGAAGACGAUGACCAAGCAAAAGAGAAUGGCCAAGAACAUAAUAUAACGGAAGAACCUACACAUUCUGAUCUAUAUCAAGUAGCUGGAUCUGAUAUUCCCAUUAUAGAACUAGAACUGGAGCAACCCUUAGAUAAAUUUGAUCCUAGAAUUUUAUUACAGAAAUGUUUGAAAACUACUUCUCAUUCCUGUAUAUACUGCAAUCAUGCUAGGAAAAUUGCUGUUAAUGGAAGGCAACUUGCAUUGCAUUGCAUCGCUGAACAUAGAUUUUCUGCAAUAGUGAACAGCAUCACUGCUGAAGAGUUGAUCCCAGAAAGCUUUGUAAAUAGAAUUAAAGAAACUCUAGAUGAACUUGAUUCUGUAUUUUUCAACCUGGAAUCGAGUUUUAGCAAUGAAGCUGUAACUUUUUCUCACCUUUUCGAGUGUUUUCAGUGCCACUUCAGUACUUCAGUUCACAAGGAACUGUACCUGCACAAUAGAAAGUUUCACUCUAAGAAUUUGCUGCUUUGCAUUAUGUGUAAAUCAAAUUUUUAUAGUUAUAGCGAACUCAUCUGUCACUUGUGCCCUGGUUUGUAUGUCUUAGACUAUGAUGUAAAAUUUCGAUGUUGUAUGUGUGUCAAUGAUGACUUACCGAGUUCUUUUCGACUUAUGGUUCACCUGCGCAAGAGACACAAUAUAUGUGAUGUGUGUUUAGAAACUUGUCAUACUCAAUAUCGUCUUUCUAAUCAUGUGUGGAAACAUAAAUUGCAUCAUUUCUGUUAUCGCUGUGGCAUUGCAUACCGUAACAAGCCUGACAUCACAAGGCACUUGUUUUGGAAACACGGUACAGAGAGUGUACUUUGCAAGAAAUGUGUUCAGAAGAAAUGGCCUCAUGUGUACCACUUUUGUGUACCACCUGCUAAUUUUGCUUGUGAGGAGUGUGGACUUACUUUCACCAAGGCUGUGUCUGUUAAAGUUCACAAAAGGAUUCAUAGUAAUGAGAAAAAGUGGGCAUGUACAUUUGAAGGAUGUGAAGAAAAGUUCAUUUCCAAAAAGUUGAUGGAGAAACAUGAGAGGAGGCAUUGGGAACCUUCUGAUGAAGUUAAAGUUGAAGAGAAGGUUGAAGAGACUAGAGGAGAAGGGGAUGAAGAAAAUAAAUCAGAAAUUAUUAAAGAAGAAGAAAAACCUAAACCAAAAAUAGACGUCUUGGACUUACCAGCUUUAAAUCUUUCUGAAAGUGAUAGUAGUGAUUCUGAAGCAGAAAAUAUUGCAAAUAAUGAUAAACCCAAACCAGAGUGUACUCUUCCUGAUACAGAGUUAGAGCCUCCUGGAGAUCUCCCACCAAUCAAUAUCUUACAAGAAGAUAAACCUAGUGAACUACCCACAGAAGAAGAGAAUCCUACAUCUGUUAUUCAACACAUUUGGGAUAAUUUCAAAAACUACCAGGAGAGUAAACAGAAGUUAGAUAGUAUGUAUACUGAACCUACAGAAACAGCCAAUGAAACUUCUGACAUUCCAGUACCAAUAGUUGAAGAAAUUUCAUCAGAAGUAGCAUUAAGAGACCAUGACUACUGUUCAAAUCCAGAAAAGAAGACUGAUAUCACACUUUUUGAAGUGAAACCAGCACUAAACGACAGUGUAGACCAUGAUUAUUGCUUUAGUAAACCAGAAGGUGUAGUAGCAGAAAAACCUUCUAUCGAGGAACAGCCUGGAGCUUCAGAUGUACAAGAGAAAGUUGAAGAGGAAAAAAAACGUAAUUCUUCCAGCUCUAGCAGCGAUUCAGAUUCCUCGAGCUGUUCGUGUGGUUCUAAUUGCAGCUGCAGCUCAAGUUCUGGGGGCAGUUCCAGUUCUAGCUCAGAUAGUUCUAAUAGUGAUAGUUCUACUGAAGAGGGCAGGAAAAAGCAGUUAGCAAGACGUCAGAAAAGGAAAGAAAGAGCAAAAAAGAUAAAAGAGGCAGAAGCAAAUAAAGUAGUUGAUGUUGUGGCUACUGAUGCUCUUCCAGUCAUAAUAGAAACUCCCAUCCGGGAAUCUGACUUGGAUACAACAGAAAGUGAGACCGACGAAGAAUUCUAUGACGAAGCACCCCAAAAACUUGCCAAGAAAUUAUUAGAAGAAAAACGUCAACAGCUGCUGGACAUAAUGGGACCUAACAGUGUGCCCAAUGGUACAUUCAUUGAAAGUACAAGUAGACCGCCUACUCCCCCUGCAGAAGUUGUUGAAGAAGAGAGAAAGAAAAAGAAAUCCAAGUCAAAGAAACGUAAGAAGAAAAAGAGUGAAAGAAGAGAGCAAGAGCAAUUGAUGAUGACAACCAGUGUGAUAUCACCGGAUAUUCCGAUACCACCUUAUUAUCAGCAGUUUCAUCAACAUCAGCAAUUACACUAUCAACAAACCCCAUCUGUGGCUCCGAUAACCUUGACAAUAUCGAGAAAUUCCCCAGUCCAAAACCAGUCUACUGUCACUGUUGCUCCAAGUUUGCCGUUGUCUUAUCCAAAGGUUCAGACUGAAGCAGCUUUCUCCAGACAAGAUUCAAGUGAUUCUAGUUUACGGGCAUCAAAGCGAAGGAGAGUACCUAAUAAAUUUUAUGGUUAUUCCAGUGAUGAAGAUCAAGAUAAGGUACCUCAGCACGUUUCCAAGUGGAGAAAAACAGAGGUACCCCAGACUCCGACGUCACCUAUGGUUGUUCCACCAAUAACCAUUAAAACAAUUCCUCAAGAACCAGCGCCUCUACCCCAACCUACAGUUGAACCUAUCUCAAUUCGAACGGGUACUCACCUCAGUGAUUUUAGAGUCCAAAGGCCAAGGCCAAGACCUACCAUCCCCCCCAUACGGCUGCUGAGCCGCGGUCCUGAUGAAAAAGAUAGUGAUAGUGACUCAAAUGACUCCAGUUCAGAGGAGCAAGCUGUACUACCGCCAAAACCUGCUCAACCGCAGCUCUACUGUUAUUGCCAAUGUCCUUAUGACGAGGUAUCUGAGAUGAUAGGUUGCGAUGCUUCUGACUGUGCAAUCGAAUGGUUUCAUUUUGAGUGUGUCGGCAUUAUGGUUCCCCCAAAGGGUCAGUGGUUCUGUCCGGACUGUAGAAAAAAGAAAGCUAGGCGGGAGCUGAUGCAGAAUAUGAAGAAUUAGAGCUUCAGAUUUGCUUCUUCCUAAUUUAAUCACGGAAGUGGAAGCCGCCUUCACUUGUUUAUAUUGAGAUUUUUUCCUAUACUUUCAACUUCAGAAGUAUACUAGUUCAUUACUGGUCCAUUGUAUUAUUGAGGAAUUAGUGUUGAACACAAAAUGGAGUGAACUCAAAGAGAGGAUAUUUGGGAACUAAAUUACUGAAAGAACGGUUUUGGUUUUUCAUACAAAUGGGAAAGUUUUAAUAUAAAGGUUGAGGGAAUAUUAUUCACAUUGCAUCCUAAAAACUAGGUGAUCGCCUAUAGUGUUGAGGUAGUAUUCAAAAACACUUCAUUGUGAGAUUAUUCACUAAAUAGUUUAACAAAAACGCGACACACGCGACACUUGUUUCGCAAUACAAUAGCCUCUUCAGGCGUGUCCAGGCGUGUAUAUACACACUCGAAGAAGCUAUUGUAUAGCUAAACAAGUGUUGGGUUUUUGUGAAAGUGUUCAGUGAAAAUUUCAAAAUGAAGUGUUUCUUGAAUAUUAUGGAUUUCAUCAAGUAUCCGCCGAUUCCAUUACAUAUCUUUAGGUAGAAUUAUUCAUGCGAACAAAAUUUUUUUACUAUUAAUUUCACUGUUGAUCAUUCUAAUUACAUCAUUCAUAAACAAAAAAUUAAUUAAUCUCUAAACACAUUGUCAAGUAGGAAAGCCCUUUUACCUUCAUGUACUCAUUACUUCUUUAGGGACUUGAUACAUUGUAAGUUGAAAAUAAUCUCUAACAUGUAGAGAAUAUAAAAAAAAAUAGUUCAUAACAGAAAGUAAUAUUGAUUGUUUGUGUUUAGACAUAUUUGGUAACAAAUUUAGAGGCAAGUUGCAUAAUAAACAUCACAAUGUUUUAUUUUCUACCUAAGCGCACUGGUUAAUAGUCGAAGUUUGGUGGUCGAAUGAGAAACUGGUGCAACAAAUCCUUCUUCAUAUACUUUCAAUAUUACCUGUUUUCCUCAAUUUUUAUGGGUUUGUUGAUGUGACAUACAAAUUUUCACUUAAUUGUAUGUUUUCGAGUAGUAUCUUCAUCAGUUUUUAGGAUGUGGUGUGCCCCUAUAUAUAGAAUAUGUGGAAAGCAAGGUGUUCAAAAAAAUUGAACAAAGUGGAAACAGGUUCCUUCUUUUAAAAUUUGCUUCAUUUCUAAUCUGUUCGACAUUCAUUUUAACUGAUUCUAAUGCAAAACUUAGAAUAACUUGUUCAGUGCUAUAUUAAAAUUUUAUCGAAUUAUAUCUCGAAAAUGAUCAAAGUUUAAAUAUUCAUUAUGAGCAUUCUGAAUACCAACUCUGCAGCAUCAAAUGAAUCACAGCAAAUUUUAUUGAUGAAUUCCCAUAAGUUGAGGAAUAUCUUGUUUUGAAAACACACUAGGAAAACCAGUUUGAGAAAAGCGGCCUGUUUUCACUUUAAGUGAGCAGGAACGUCCGGUUUAGUUGUAAAUAUAGUAUAAAAAUAAUAUAGGUAUUUGUAUAUAUUUAUAAAUAGUGAAUUCUUAAAACAUUGUGAUUAUAAGUUAAUGAAAUGCAGUUAUUUAAUUUUUUUAGGGUAAGUUCUGUAUUGUCUUGCGUCAUACUUUUUGAAUCAUGUAAAACAUAUAUAAUUGAAUAGUGUUAUGAUAGAUUGCCAAAUUAGUGUUGUACACAAUUGUAAAUAUUUGUAAUUUAGGAUGUUGCUCUGUUCUCUUCCAACAAAAGUUCAUUUUGUUAGAAUUGGAGCUGAAAUAUACUCCUGUAUGCUUUCAGAACUCUUUUUGUGUAUAUCUUUUCUGAUAUAUCAAUAAAAAAUAUAAAAUGAAUCUUUGGAGUAACA